CGCGACCGACAUUCUGACGAAACGCGAUUGCUCUCCUUUCCUCUCAUUUUCCACUUCACUUCACUCUUCCCUCACUUUUUACGAGGUCCGUCGUCAUCUAUCAACCUCAGAGCUGCAUUCGCGCCCAACGAAGCAGCUUAGGAAAUAACGUUGCCCUAACAACUCGCAGCGGCCAUAGUAAUCGCGUCGCGUCCAUUCCGCGAGCCUCGUCCACCUCAUACAUAUCGGUCCACGGACACUUUUUUCUACCACAGCUCGAGCAAACCUACAACUAUCAUCGCCACAUCCACUUCCCAUAGUGCAAGAGCACAAACUCAACUCCAUCCCCAAAACUAGCAACAAACAUGGGCGACGAAGUCAAGAUCGACAAGCAGCAGUUCCACACUCGCUUGAGCAACCUCGUAUCGACAUGGAGGGAUCCCAAGAAGAAUGAGGCGUUUGCUGGAGCUGGAUCCAUCUUGGUGGUGAUGGGAAAGACCGCAGAGGGCCCGUAUUCUAAAUCCUUGUCGCUACACUUCUGGCUACUCGGUUACGAAUUCCCGGCGACACUGUUCUUGGUUACCCCAGAGAAGUUUUACGUCGUCACGACGCCAAAGAAGGCGAGACAUCUGGAGCCACUCAAGGGGGGUAAGAUUCCCGUUGAGUUCUUGAUGAGGGGCAAAGACGAAGCGGAGAACAAGAGACAGUUCCAAACGAUCUGCGAUGCCAUCAAAAAGUCGGGAAACAAGGUCGGUGUCCUUGCGAAAGACCAGGCCGACGGCCCGUUUCCUAAGGCGUGGCGGGAAGUCUAUUCUGCGGAGGGGCUUGGUGUUCAAGAGGUGGAUGUGUCGCUCGCAUUCUCGCACUGCAUGGCGGUCAAAGAUGAUGCAGAAUUGAAGACCAUGCGCACGUCUUCCAGGGCACUCGUGGCGGUCAUGAAGGACUACUUCAUCGACGAAAUGUCAAAGAUCAUCGACGAGGAGAAGAAGGUCACUCAUGAGGCGCUCUCACGGAAGAUCGAAGCCAAGAUCGACGACCAGAAAUUCUUCAAGGCCAAGUCUUUGAAGCUCGGGGAUGAUUUCGAUGUUACCCAGCUGGAUUGGACGGUUGGGCCCGUUGUCCAGAGUGGUGGCAAGUACGACUUGAAGCAAAGCGCUCAGGCUGACGAUAACCCACUUCACGCGGGUAUCAUCCUGGCUUCGAUGGGCUGGCGGUACAAGUCCUACUCUGCUCAGAUUGGAAGGACUUACUUGAUAGAUCCAAGCAAGUCCCAAGAGAAGUAUUACAGCUUUUUGAUCGAGCUCCAGUGGACAGUACUCAAGUCGAUGCGAGAUGGUGCGGUUUGCAAAGAAAUCUAUCAGAAGGCUCUCCAAAACGUCAAGUCCAAAUACCCUGAAGUCGAGAAGCAUUUCCUCAAGACCAUCGGAUUCGGUAUCGGCAUCGAGGCCCGCGAUAGUUGCCUGACAAUUAACGCCAAGAGUACAAGAGUGCUGAAGGACGGAAUGACUCUCUGUGUCACCGUUGGCUUCAGCGAUCUCGAAAACCCAAAACCCCAGGAUGCCAAGAGCAAAAUUUACAGCUUGUUGUUGACGGAUACCGUAAAGGUUACCAAUUCAGACCCUCUUGUCUUUACUGGAGGUUGCCCCAAAGACCUCAAGGAAGCGGCUUUCUACUUUAAGGACGAUGAGCCCGAGGUGAAGCCGAAGCCCGAGCAGAAGCAAAUCCGGGCUCCGCCUCCCAGAAGCACGGCUGUCAUCAUGAAGUCAAAGCUCCGUGGUGACCGUGGUACGGUCGAUGAUGGCGCCGAAGCUAGGCGCAAAGAGCAUCAAGCCGAGCUGCGGGCCACAUUGCAAUCUCGAGGUCUCGAGAGAUUCUCUGAGGGCGGCACUGUGGGCGAUGGCAAGGGCAAGCGUGCGAUCAAGCGAUUCGAGUCCUACAAGAGGGAGAACCAGCUGCCUCUCGCUGUAGGCGAUCUCAAAAUCGUCGUUGACGCAAGGAACCAGACCAUCAUCGUUCCUGUCUUUGGACGCCCCGUGCCUUUCCAUAUCGCGACCAUCAAGAACGCCAGCAAGACGGAGGAAGACGAUUUCACGUACUUGCGCAUCAAUCUGCUGUCGCCUGGUCAGGGUGUCGGAAGAAAAGACGAUCUGCCGUUUGAGGAUCCCAAUGCUCACUUCCUCCGAAGUUUGACCUACCGCAGCACCGAUAAUGAGCGUAUCGCUUCCAUCUGCGACAGCAUCACGGACAUGAAGAAGAAUGCCACCAAGAAGGAAAACGAGCGGAAGGAGAUGGAGGAUGUUGUCACUCAGGACAACCUCCGGGAGAUGCGCAACCGUCGCCCCCAGCGUUUGCCCGACGUCUUCAUUCGGCCCGGCAUGGACGGCAAGCGUGUUCCCGGAGAGCUCGAGAUCCACGAGAACGGUCUGCGAUAUCAAUCACCCCUGCGCAACGAUCACCGCGUCGAUAUCCUGUUCAGCAAUGUCAAACAUCUCUUCUUCCAGCCUUGCGCUCACGAGUUGAUUGUUCUCAUUCAUGUCCACCUUAAAGAUCCUAUCAUGAUCGGUAAGAAGAAGACAAAGGACGUUCAAUUCUACCGCGAGGCUACCGACAUUCAAUUCGAUGAGACUGGAAACAGGAAGAGGAAGUACCGAUACGGAGACGAGGAAGAAUUCGAGCAGGAGCAGGAGGAACGGAGAAGGAGGGCCGAGUUGGACAAGGAGUUCAAAGCGUUUGCCGAGAAGAUCUCCGAAGCCGCCAAGAAGAUCGAGGCUGGUGUUGAUGUUGAUGUCCCAUAUCGUGAGCUCGGCUUUAGCGGAGUCCCGUUCCGUGCGAAUGUCCUUUGUGCACCUACUACGGACGCAUUGGUUUCCCUGACGGAUAUGCCGUUCCUGGUUAUCACUCUGGAUGAGAUUGAGAUUGCCCAUCUGGAGCGUGUACAGUUCGGACUCAAGAACUUUGAUCUCGUCUGCGUGUACAAGGAGUACACUCGGCCGGUGACCCACAUCAACUCCAUCCCUAUGGAACUCCUAGAUAAUGUCAAGGAAUGGUUGGAUUCGAGUAACAUCGCAUACUCUGAGGGACCGUUGAAUCUCAACUGGCCCACGAUUAUGAAGACUGUCAUUCAGGAUCCGAAGACCUUCUUCCAAGAUGGAGGCUGGAGCUUUUUGGGCACCGACUCGGACGACGACGACGGAGAGGUCGAAGAGGAAGAGUCUGAGUUUGAAGCCUCCGACUUCGGCGAGGAAUCGGACGGAAGUGCUUCGGAUGAGUCAGAGUUCAGCGAUGGUAAUGCCAGCGCUGACGAGGGCUCCGAGGCUUCUGAUAUCGAUUCUGGUGAGGACUGGGACGAGAUGGAAGAAGAGGCCGAGAUGAAGGAAGCGAAGACUGCGCGUCCUAACGGCGGCGACGAAAAGAAGAAGAACAGGAAGCGGUAAACUUGGGAGGGUACAGUUGACGUCAUGACCUGCAUUACACUACUCUCCUUACAUCUCUUUUAUUUUCUGCUCUUUCACAGUGGUGUAUGAUAUGACCAUGAUUCUUGUGUUCGUUUGGGUUACCUCACAUUUUGUCUGGAGGAUCGUACUUCUGUUGCGUUUUUCGGCCGUUAGUUUCGCUCUGGUUCAUUUUCAAAAGUAGAUGGAUGAAUGAGAUGACAAUGAGUUUGUAUGGGAGCGUCGAGUCUGCAUGUAAUGUAAUGGGCUUGCGAAGAAUUGUACAGCCGUCCAUGCGCUGUCACUCGUGAGCGAUUUCGCAGCGAGCGUUCACUUGACUGGUGAGGUUUCAUUUUCCGAGCUGCAGAAGGCCUCGGGCCAAUCGCCGGCAUUAGAGAAUGCCACCGGCACAACUAGCACAUGCCGAGGUUGCCGCUUGUUGGCCCCAUGGGCCCCCUCCCCGGCGCGCUACUUGUGUUGUUA